UGAAUGGUGACUCUUGCCCAAGCGUCGUAGGUUGCCCACGGUCGCACUUCCGGCCUGUCGUUUUUUCGCGUCGUGGUUGGGUGUCGUCGUCUUUCCCUUUGUGGGCGUUGAGAGGCAGUGGAGAUCGUGCUCGUUUACGGAGAAGUACGCUGAAACUCGCUCGCCCGAGAGACGGGCUCCGUCCCUUCACGUAGCAGCCACUGCCAGACAUGUCGACUUGUGCGCGGCCUGGACACCAUAGAAAAAUAAUGCUUUGCCUUUGCUCGCGUAGUCGUCCUGGCGCUAGGUGUUGGCCGCCUGGCAGCCGUGCGGGCGAUCUCACUCGAUUGCCCCAGGUUCCGCUCGGCGAUGGAAGGCUGGGUGGCGACCUGUUUCGUGGCCGCCGAACUCCUUCUCGCGAGUACUAGUCCAGUAUCCACGAUGAAAAUACUUUAGCCAUGUGGGGAACCUAAGAGGGGUGGGCGUGACUGUUACUACCGCCUGCACGCAGGCGCGCCAGGAGUUGGAAGCUAGGUUGGUUCCGGAUCUCAGUGAGACAAACGCGUUUGUAUCUCCGGCGGCCUUAAAACUUUCAUUUCUUCCAGUCUAUGGCCGUCAAGUGCAGCUAAUUUUGGUCAUGCGGUUCACUUUGUCAUGCAAGGCGUGUCGCCCUCGGUGGCGGUGGAUAGUGGUAACAGUCAUGUCCCAUAGCAAGGCCCCACAUGGCUAUGAUAUUUUCACCCGGUAUGCUUCCGUCGGAGCCGACUUCGCCAUCAAGUUCAUCGCGGAGGUACCCGUCGCCAAGAUUCCGCUCUCCAACCGUGACCCAUUUCGUGCUGCUGGUGCCGGGUAUUUGCGUCCGUCUCCGUGUAAGUCCGGGCGCCGAUUGCAGGGACGACCGCCCGAAAGGUUACGGUUUUGGUCCGGACCGUAACCAUUCACCACCGGGUGGAAACGCCGCCGCGUGCACCACUAGCUAGUUAAGGAAUUUACUGUCAUGAGCACUCGCUCCACCACUAAAAACACUUCUUACCAGGUCGCCUGCGCCAGCCGUUCCUCCACCUGCUCCAGAGCCCCCUGAUACGAGCUAGGAUUUUCGAAAAUAAUAAACAGCAUAUAAAAUCUUUUUUGUAUUAUUUUUCUCGAAAUUGUGAAAAACGAAAAUGCGCGUUUGGUAUUUUGUGACAGCAUAAACUUUUAAUGGAGGUAGACGUUCCGGGUGCGCAGCGCCCAAGGAAGAUUUUCUUUAUGUGCUGGUAGUGGUUGUACAUUUACUAUUACUAGUACGAAAUAAAUGCGUGCGGGGAAAAAUAAAAAACGAAAACACAUUUUUCAUCUGGGGUGACGGUGCGCAGCAUUCGCUGAGGAAGACGGAUAGUAGUUGAAAAGAAGAAGAAGUACUCUCCUUGCACUUAAAACCUGCGAAGAUGUAGUAUCUAUGUGUUGGCAUAAGUACGCAUAGUUGUUCAUGUUCCACCGUUCGCGUGGAAGAUAUAAGAAACAGAAAGUAUUUUUGUCAUGCGCAAGAACAUGGCCUACAAUCGAAACAAUCAGGUUUUAAGUGCAAGGAGUGGACGGAAGCCUGGUGUAGAAAUCCGUCCCCCCAGUAUAACCAGACAGAAAUAACGGAAGUCCACUCGCACUGCAAGCAAAAGUGCGGGUUUUGUGAGAAAGAGUUUUUAGUGCGGAAGCACCUGCGCAAGCACUACCGCUGUGAUGAAGACGAUGCGUUUUUUCGCGACAAAAAAGGUUACAACUGCGCGCAGUGGAGCAGCUACGACUGCGGCAAGAAGAGCCAACUGGAGAGCCGGGACAAGGAGCUCUCGGGGUACAGCUCUGCGGACCUGGAAAAAGUCCGGAAGCACUGCCGCAAAACCUGCAACCACUGUCCGGAAGCGGAGAAUAAAGUUCCUGGGGGGCACGAAGCUGCAGAAACGGCGUUCAGCAGUGGCAGCGGUACUAUCAAGAGGAAAAAGACCAGGGGUAUCAACACCGGAGCCGUUCCUGGUAGUACGGAUCAAGAACAUGCUGGUGCCUCAGCAUCCGUUGGUGACAAGGACAACAGUGCCGUGGCACUAUCCACAGAUAAUGUUAUUUUACCGGACACUACAAAAUGCAAAUGCUGGCUCCGCGUGACAUGGAUUUGGCACAGGAACCUGAUGCAGCAACAUCAUGAAAACACACGCGCUGCUGAUAAUUGCAGAAGUGUCUAGAUGCGUUUUGUACUUAGUGUCCGGCAAAAUAAUUUUGGUAUUGCAUAAGCAGCAGCAGCUUCGUCCUCCGCUACAGCGGGAUCGGGUGUGGACGACGACAGACCAGUAUCGCUGCGGAAGCACGUCAAGAUAUCACGCGUGAUGAUAAGCACAAGCUCCUGCUUCACCACUCUAUUCCUGCUCACGAACAAUAUUCUUUUUUUGUGUAGUCAAUGGUUUUUACUCAUACUCGUUAAAGUCUAACGUGUAGUGUUUCUGCAUAUCACUGUGUGCGUCGAAUGAUGAUCGGGUUUAUUGGAGUCGGGGAACAUAAGCGGGCUUGUUUUUGAUGGAUACGAGAGUUCGGGGUCAACCACGGCUUCUGACGAUCAUGGGGAUGGCGUGCACAUGUCAGAACGGGUACUAUGAACGACUAAGUUGUUUACGAAUAAUCUCGUUCGGUAGUUAAUAUGAUCACCACUUCUCAUGCAUGCUUGCGGAGCCUAUGACCACGGCUUUUCAGGCUCAGUCUGACCCUGAAAGGGAGGUACUUAGACUAUGUUGAGUCGUGGUGGCGCUAUCUAUGAUCCUCAUGUCGAUAAAAAAACCCUACUUGAUGUUGCUACUACAGCUAAAACAAGAAAAAAUCAGGAACGGCAACGGCAGGGCGACGCGGAGAUGAGGACCUACGGCUCUUCUA